AUGGGCUGGAAAGAUGUGGUGCGUGUUUUCAAGCGGCUGAAUAACCAAAACAAGUUCAAUGUUUCGAGCAUUGAAUGUGGUUUCUUACAACUCGAAGACCAAGCUAAUAGUCAGAAGUACGAACCCUUGUUUGAAGAGGAUUUGAAUGAUGCAUCAAAUUCUAUUUUCAAAAUUUCAAAAAGCAUUGUUGCAGGCAAAUGCGAGGCGCAUUGUGUGGAAUUAUGGGGUGAAGAAUUUUGUACAGAAUUUCAAAACUUAUCAGUUUUACAAGCAUUCUUCCCUCACAGUAUCAUUUUAGCUUUGACUGCAACUGCUUCACCCCCAAAAUUACGUAAUUUAAAAAAAGCUUUGAAAAUAGAAAAUUGCAAAGUGGUUACUGCAAACCCAAAUCGUAAAAGCAUUUUUUUAAAAAAAGAAAUAAGAAUGAGUAAUUGCAAAGGUUUAGCAGGAUAUGAGGAUAUAUUACUACCUAUCGCAACAGAGUUGAAGCACAAAUAA